AUGCUCUGGAGACUCCAAUGCAACCAAUGGCUACCUGUUGCCGAGAAGACUCUUUCUAAUACCGAGGCUUCGUGCAACGAUAUGAUCGUAUUCGGCAUCAGCAAGGGUGACGUUGUUGUUUUCUACCCGAAGAAUUACAAUGCUUAUUGUAUAAUAGCUCCGGCAGAUCCUUCCAAGGAGUAUACUGGAGUCACCUUUAACCAAGACUCGAAUGUUCUAUAUGUUACUGAGAAGGCUACUGGGCAGAUUGCUCGGUUCAUAGGUCAGGGAGGCGUGUGGACUCCAAUAGCCCCCUCAACAUACGCCAUCGCUAAGUCAGAGUACCAUUCAAAUGACCUUCACUUGAAGGCAUGCGAGCGAGUACUAGCUGUCAACAACGUCGAUCCACAGACUAUGACCAAGCUCAUCUGGGCCAGUGACGUUGUGGGCAGCAAGGCUCUGCAAGGGUUGUGGCACUUACCAUUUACUAUAGCCCCAUCGUCGGAACGGCUUAUUGCCUCUAUGGUUAUCUUCCCAUCUUGCCAGGCUCCUCGUCCAUUUGAAAUGAACCAUUUCGUACCGGUCGACUUGAAAACUGCCUUACUGCACGGAACUGUGCAGGCUCUAUCACUUGUCCUCUGGUCGACCAGCGUGAAGGGAUGUGUUCUAGAGUACGACACGUUGGUUGAGGCGGUCGGACGUAUCAGGGCCCUGCGGCCUUUUGAUUCGCAGUCCCGUGUGACUGGGCUGUUGCGGUCCAGACACAUCAUCGGUAUGAGAGCAUGUGGCUUCACCGCGAAAGCCGUUUCGGAUUGUUUUGAUGAUAACUGUUGA